AUGAUUGGGAAAAGGUUUACUCAGGUUGAGUCAGACAGGAAGCGGGAGGAGUUUGGUAGCGGACAAGAGAUACUGCUAUUAAUUUCUAGAACAAGGUUUCACAAGGGGUUUGAGGUCAUGGAAGUUAUGCAGACAAUAAACAGAGCGAAUAAUGAAGAAGAUGUUGGGUUGUCGUGUACAAGAUCAAAGGUAAUGUCUUGCAGAGAAGAAGGCAAUAUGGGAAGUGGACCAAAAACUGAGACACCGGAUUCUUCAGAAAACCACUACGAAGGGGAGUGUCAUGAACCGCUUAGGUUUCAGUUGCCUAUUAUCAUGCAAAAUCCCACUGUCCCUGUUCCACCUGUUCCCUGUUCUCUGUCUCCUGUCACACAUGUCACUGUCAAACAUAACUAUUGUAUCCUGUCUAACGUCUCUGUUCCGAAUAAUGUAUCUCCGUUAUCCCUUGUCCUUGUCAAAUCCAUUUAA